AGGAUUACCCGUUCACUCGAUCGCGGCACUCCCGUCGAUGAACAGAUGAACACUCCCUGCAGCAUAUUUGAAAUAACAGCGUACUUCCUGUUUUGCACAGAUUUAACUGGUAGGUCACAGCGCUGUUGAGGAAGGUCUCUGGCAAAGCGAUACUAAUUGGCCGGUAGCUCGUGCAAAGUUGCUGCUGCUGCUGCAUCACCAGUCACUGCGUGGCAACAUGGCUGGCAGCCACACUUCGUACGAGCAGUGAUUUACACAAUGGACAAAGACACUGUGCUAACUCACACCCUGAAGAGAGACGGCAUGCCAACACUUCUUGGUGGAGAGCUGCCUGUCAGUGUGAUUAUCAACAAUAAGUACAUAUCCCCGCUGACUUCUGAAGCUCAGGCAACCGACAGAAAUGUAGAAGACGACUUGCCCUCCCUCGAUCGUGCAAUUCACACCGCUCUGUCUGAUGAAAUCAGAGCUGUGACACUGGUCGGUCCUGAAGGAUCAGGUAAAACCACUGUUUUGGAGAAGCUAGUUGUGGGCUGGGCAAAAGGAGAACACCUUCAAAACUUUUCUUAUGUUUUCCAUUUCCGGUUCAGGGAGUUAAAUUCUUUAACUGGGAUGUUUUCUUUGGAGACAUUAAUGUUACACCAUCAUGGCCGUGUCCCUUCUGAGUCCAUGCCCCAACUUCUGCAGAAGCCUGAAGAUGUGUUGUUUGUGUUUGAUGAUCUGGAUCAGUGCAAACACAGCCUGGACCCCUCCGCCCACGCCCUCUGCUCUGACCCGAGCCAGGCAGCGACGGUGUCCUGUUUAGUGGCCAGCUUGCUUCAUGGAUCGCUGCUGAAAGGAGCUGCCUUUGCGGUGGCAACCAGGCCGACAGGAUGUCUGAAGUUUCUGAGUGGCACCCGGGUGGAGGUGUUGGGGUUUCUGAAGCCACAAAGAGAAGCCUACUUUAAGGGAUUCUUUACUGACCCGGCUGCUGCCAACAAAGCACACAUGCACAUGGAAAGGACUUUAGGCUUUUAUGAUAUUUGCACCUCCCCAAGAUUUUGUUGGACAGUUUGUUCUGUUUACAAGUCUCUGAUGGAUGCCGGAGCUAAACUUCCUGAAACGUUAACUCAGCUGUAUGUGGACAUCCUGGUCCACCUGGUUCAGACGCUCUCGCUGAACGAGGCCUGCAACAGAGAAUUGGUGUUCGCCCUCGGCAAGAUGGCGUCUCAUUGCUCCCUUGAUCGGCAUUCGAGCUGCACCAAAGAGGAAAUGGAUUCCUUUGGUUUUCAACGUUUUCUUACCUCAGUUGGUGUUUUCUUGCAAGUAGAUGGUGACCAGUUAGACGGCCGUGUCUUCUCCUUCCACUCCCAACUGAUGCAGGAGUUCCUCUUGGCCGUGUCUUUCUAUUUGGACAGCUCAACGUCUGUGGCGAAGAUGUUGGAAAAGCACAAAAGCAGUGCAAAGUUUGUAGAUAUCUUCUUGUCAGGGCUCUCAGAGCAACUUCAGCGCAGACCGCUGGAGACCCUGCUGGGGGAGCUGAAUUCUAAUCAGAUCAUGGAUUUCAAAUGCUGGUUUAAAAGCAGCUCAGAGGCUAUACUUAAGGGAUGCUAUAAAGACGAGCACCACCGCUGCUUCCAUCUGCUUCAUCAAGCUCAAAAUGAGAGCUUGGUAAAAGAAAUCAUCACCCCCUCGGCAAGAUUAGGCAUCCGUUACGGAGACCUGAGCCUUGAGGACUGUGCAGCUCUGAAUUAUGUUGUCACUUGCCUUGGUGAGAUGGAGCAGUUGAAUCUGUAUCGUACAAGAAAUCUGACGGAGGAACAAGCAGGGAUGCUGGCUCCAACUAUGAGCAUAUCCCAUAAGAUAAUCUUGUCGGGCAGUUCCUUGAGUCCUGGCGCUGUCUCUCAUCUGGCUUCAGCUCUCAGCAGAGGAUUCUCCAAGGAGCUGGAUGUCUCUGAAACCUACCUCGGAGAUGAGAAGUUCAAAGUUCUCUGCUCUGGACUCAGAGACUGCAAGCUGCACACAUUAAAACUUGUAGUAUGCAACCUGACAGAGGCAAUCUGUGGAGAUCUGGUGUCUGUCCUGACCUCAGCCACCUCUCAGCUGUGUGUGUUAGACAUGAGGGCUAAUCAGAUUGGGGACCAGGGAUUCAUAAAACUGUCGAAAGUGCUGCAUAGUCCUCUCUGCAAACUACAGGAGCUCCAGCUGCAACGCUGCGAGUUGACUGGGGCAUCCAUGGAGGCUUUAUCAACAGCUUUGUGUUCUGGCCAAUCGGAGCUGAGAAAAGUGAACCUGACACAAAAUGUGAUUGGUGACAGAGGAGUGGAGGCUUUGUGCAAGUCCCUGCAACACCCACUUUGCAAACUGCAGAGCCUCAAUAUCUUUGAUAACGAGUUGACUGGUGCAUGCUGUCCUUAUUUGAUGGAGGCCUUGAUGUCGGAGCACUGCUCUCUGUCAGAGCUGGACUUGUCAGUGAAUGAUUUGGGCCAGGAGGGGGCGCUGCUGCUCUGCCAAGCCCUCAGCAGACCUGGCUGUCAGAUAGAAAAGCUUGGCUUGAAACGAUGUGAGUUAACCCAGUCGGUCUUUAAGGAGCUGAGCUCAGUGCUGAGAAGUGGCACUUCUCAACUGAAGUCCCUGAUUGUAGGUAUAAAUGCAGUAGGAGACCAAGGGGUUAAACAUCUUUGGGAUGCUGUUGCACAUCCGAGCUGUCUGUUGGAGGACCUGGACGUUGAGAUGACCGGUUUGACGGACGCCUGCAUUAUGGACUUGUGUGCUGCUGUAAGAGCCAGUAAGACUUUGAAGAGCCUGGAAAUGAGAAACAACACACUGACUAACGCCUCUGUCCCAGCCCUCAUCCAGGUCAUGCAGGACAGCCACAACAUGCAAGAGAUAAACUUGAAGUACAACGACUUCUGUGAAGAGGUUUUCAACAUGUUGAACGAGUGUGAUAAAAUAAGAUACUGAA